GGAAUACAUUUCACCAACUAUAAAUGUUCGCGGGGAGAGUAAACAGCAUCAGUCAUUACUGUGAAUUCAACCAAGUGCAUCAACAUGAUCGCUUACAAAAUAACAGCCAUUUUCCUACUGGCGUCGGUCGCUGCAGCUCGACCCUCAGAAGGCUGGGAACCUGAAGGCCACUCGCACACAGAACACACGAAACCCUACCACGUAACUGUUGUUAAGAAGAUAGGAGUACCUAUUCCUCAUCCAGUGGCAAUAUCAGUUCCCCAGUAUGUGAAGAUCCCGAUACCGCAACCCUACCCUGUUCACGUGACUGUUGAACAACCGAUUCAUGUACCGGUUUACAAGGUUGUCCCUCAGAUAGUGGAAAAACCAGUUCCAUACACCGUGGAGAAACCAGUCCCCUAUGAAGUGGAGAAACCCUACCCCGUGGAAGUGGAGAAGAAGGUUGAGGUACCCAUCCCAAAACCUUACCCAGUCCACGUGCCUGUGUACAAACAUAUCUACCAUCAUAAGGGAGGAAAGCAUUAACUCUUCUGUGAACAGCCGGUUAUCAGAGUCAAUUAAACUAUAAUGAUAAAGUAAUAAUUAUAUAUCUGUGAGGAAAUAGCUUUUAUUAUGUUCCGAUUCAAACAAUGGUCAAAUUAGACUAUCAACGACUCUGAUUUGUUGAAACUCCUACUAAAACUUUCAUAUUAUCCAAUACAGGAAUUUUCAGAGCUUUUUUAUUGUUUGAGGAAAUAUUGUUAUCCAAUUUCCUUAAAAAAACUUAGAUUACGGAGUCCAAAGCAGUAUUAGGUUGGUCCAGACCGGUUAGUACCGGAUAAACCGGUUUUUACCGGAUUUGUAAAUAAAGCGGUAUCUCGCCUGUAUACAAAUGUGAUAUUUAUUUUGUGUGUCGAUCUGUUUGUUGUUGUUUUUUUAUUGUUGAUUAUUGUGUAAUUAAGUUUUUAUAUUAAACGUUUGUUAUAAAUUAA